UGUGCUGUAUGUGGGAUGCUGCGCGUCUGCGCUCCGAACAAUACAGCGAAAGCCAAUGGGACAACAAUAUGGACUGUAUCAUUCAUAAUUACCCCGGUUUAUAGCAUGCAUUUUAUUUGCUAGAUUGCGGGAAAAAAUGUGGAUUCCGACUGAACACGAAAAAUAUGGCGUUGUGCUGGCAAACUUUCGUGGAACAGUUCAGCAUGGGCUGCCCCUGGAGAUCGGAGAGACGGUCCAGAUUUUGGAGAAGUGUGAAGGAUGGUACAGAGGAUUCGUACUGAAGAAUCCAAAUGUCAAGGGAAUAUUCCCAUGCAGCUACAUCCAUUUGAAACAUGCACACAUUAAGAACAAAGGGCAGUUUGAGACAGUCAUCCCCAUGGAGGAGUCGGUUAUUACAGAGAUGACGGUGACUCUGCGAGACUGGGGCACCAUGUGGAAGCAGCUCUAUGUGAAGAACGAGGGGGAACUGUUCCACAGGCUCUGGCAUGUGAUGACGGAGAUCCUGGAGCUCAGACGGCAGGUUCUCGUGGGUCACUUGACCAAUGACCGCAUGACUGACAUCAAACAGCACAUCAUAGCACGGCUGGACUGGGGCAAUGAGCAGCUGGGUUUGGACCUGGUCCCCAGGCAGGACUUCAGCAUGGUGGACCCAGACGAGAUCAGUGUCACUGAGCUCUAUCGGCUGAUGGAGCGACGGCACCGUAAGCGAGAGUUUCCUCCACAGGCCAACAUGCACCACCUUUUCCUGCAAAUCAACAGCCUGCUGAACUGCAACCUGGCUGAGGAGCUCCACGUCUUCUUCUUCAUCUACGACAGCAGAGAGAUGCGACCAAUCAGUGAGAGGUUCUUUGUGCGGCUGAAUAAGCAGGGGGUUCCUAAGUCACCAGAGAAAACAGAAAAGCAGUGUACACUCUUUGUUGAUUUGGGCAGUAGCGAUCUCCGCAAAGAUGUAUAUGUUGUAGCUCAUAUUUUUAGAAUAGGGCGAAUGGUCGCUGGUGAGAAGAAGAGUGUGUCUAACACUCAGUACAGACGUCCAUUUGGCUGCACCGUGAUCAGCGUGUCUGAUCUGCUGACGGCCGACUGCAAGGAUGACCACCUGCUCAAAGUUUACUCAUGCAACACUGAAAGCGAGUGGUAUCAAAUACACGACAACAUCAUCCGCAAAGUCAGCUCCAGAUACAGUCAGAUUGGCUCCAGUACAGGACUUGCCGUUUCACUGCAGCUGUUACACGGGAACCUGGAGCAGAUCCAGAAGGACUACAUGCGCCUCUUUACCCGCAACGUCUCCAUCACCCGGAGACUCGGCUUCUCUGAUAUCAUCAUGCCAGGUGAAGUGAGGAAUGAUCUGUAUGUGACGCUGGAGAGAGGCGAGUUUGAGAAAGGAGGGAAGAGUGUGGCGAGAAACGUGGAGGUCACUGUGUAUCUGCUGGGAGGAGAUGGCCAAGUACUAAAGGGUCUGGUGUGCUCGGGAUCAGGUGAGCCGGGGGCGGACGAGUUUCACUCGUUUGUUCUGUAUCACAGUAACAGCCCGCGCUGGUCAGAGCAGAUUAAGCUCACUGUUCCUCCGGAGCUCUUCAGGGUGACACACCUGCGCUUCGAGUUCAGACACUGCUCCACGAAGGAGAAAGGAGAGAAGAAGCUGUUUGGUUACUCUUUCGUUCCGCUGAUGCAAGAAGAUGGGAGAACACUGCCUGAUGGAACUCAUGAGCUCAUCGUCCACAAGUGUGAAGAAACAGCGAACCUGCAGGACUGCUCUCGCUACCUCAAGCUUCCCUUCUCUAAAGCCAGCCUGCAGCCUGGGAACAACCAGACCAUGAAGAACAGCAAAGAGUCUUUCUGGAUCCUCUCACUGCUCUGCUCCACCAAACUCACCCAGAACGGUGACAUGCUGGAUUUGCUGAAAUGGAGAACCCAACCAGACCGGAUCACGGACUCUCUGACCAAGCUGAAGGACAUAGAUGGUUCUGAGAUAGUUAAGUUUUUGCAGGACACGCUGGACACCCUGUUUGCUGUUUUAGAUGAGAGUCCGCAGAGAUAUGGACUAAAGGUGUUUGACUGCCUGGUGCACGUCAUCAAUUUACUGCAGGACAGUAAAUUCCAGCACUUCAAGCCCGUCAUGGACAACUACAUAGAGAACCACUUUGCAGGUGCCCUGUCAUACCGGGACCUGAUCCGAGUGUUGAAGUGGUACGUGGAUCGGAUCAUCGAUGCUGAGCACCAGGAGCAGAUCCAGCAGGUUCUCAAGGCUGCAGAGUACCUGUUUAAGUACAUUGUGCAGUCGCGCAUGCUGUAUGCUGCAGCCACAGCGGCGCAGGCAGAGGAGGAGUUCCGCUGUUCUGUUCACGAGCUCUUCAAAUCCAUCCACCUGUUCCUCUCCCACCAGAGCAAAGGAAUCAGCCCCGUCACACACACGCAGGCUGUGUUUCUGAGGUCUUUCCCCACUGUGUGUUGUGAGCUGUUGAAAGUGUUUAGUGUGCGGGAGGUGGCAAACCUGGCGCGAGACACACUCAGCAGCCUGCCUGCAAACACGCACACAGAGUGCCCCCUGCAGGCCGUCAAGCUGCAGUGCAUGGCCAAGACUGUGGAGAGCCCACUCUACACCAAUGCAGAGUCGCGGUGUGUGUUGCUGCCUGUGGUUCUCCAUCUUCUCCGCACAUACCUGCAGGAGCAGAAGGAGCUGGUUCUGUGUGCUAAUAUCCUCACCAGCAUGCUGUCACUGGUCCACAAAGACCCCAACACUGACUGUGUUGUGUCUGAGGAAGUGAAUGUAAUCAUGGACAGUCUGUCUGGAGUGUUACUGAGGACUAUACUGGAGGUCACUAAUCGACCCCAGCCAGCGGCCACCUCACUGCGUCUGCAGUAUCAGGACGUCACCGGUGAAUUCGUGGCCUGUUUGCUCACUCUGCUGAGGCAGUUGAGUGAUAAGGACUACCAGCAGCUCCUGAGCCGCUUCCCCGGUAAAGACGAGCUGGCGAAUUUUCUCCUGCAGCUGUUCACUGUCUUCAGAAUUCUCAUCCGGCCAGACAUGUUCCCUAAAGACUGGACAGUCAUGAGAUUGGUCACUAAUAAUGUGAUCAUCACCACGGUCCUCUAUCUCUCUGACACGCUGCGCAACAACUUCCUUAAUGAGAAAUUUGACUUCAAGGUGUGGGAGUCCUAUUUUUAUCUUUCGAUAAUAUUCAUUAUUCAGCCGUGCCUCCAGCUUGAGAUGUUCCCUCCGUCCAAAAGGAAGAAAGUGCUGGAAAAGUAUGGAGACAUGCGGGUGAUGAUCGGCUGUGAAAUCUUCAGCAUGUGGCAGAAUCUGGGAGAUUAUAAAGUGAAUCUGAUCCCUUCACUGAUUGGUCCGUUCCUGGAGGUCACUCUUGUGCCACAGCCGGACCUGAGGAACGUCCUCAUCCCCGUCUUCCAUGACAUGAUGGACAGUGAGGAACGCCGCAGCGGCAACUUCAAACAGGUGGAGGCAAAGCUGAUUGACAAACUGGAGAGCCUGAUGUCAGAGGGCAAAGGAGACGAGACCUACAAAGAGCUCUUCAACAACAUAAUUCCUCUGUUUGGCCCAUACCCAAGCCUGCUGAAGAAGAUUGAGAGAGAAACCUGGAGAGAGAGUGGAGUCUCUCAUAUCGCCACUGUCACACGCCUUAUGGAGAGACUGCUGGAUUACAGGGAUUGUAUGAAGAUUGGAGAGGUCGAUGGGAAGAAAAUUGGCUGUACUGUUAAUCUGCUGAAUUUCUAUAAGACGGAGCUGAAUAAAGAGGAGAUGUACAUUCGCUACAUCCACAAACUCUAUGAGCUCCACUUGAAGGCCCAGAAUUUUACAGAGGCGGCCUACACUCUGCUGCUGUAUGAUGAGCUGCUGGAGUGGACGGAGCGUCCACUGAGGGAGUUUCUGACCUACCCCAUGCAGAGCGAGUGGCAGAGGAAAGAGUGUCUGCAUCUCACCAUCAUCCACAACUUCGACAGAGGCAAAUGCUGGGAGAACUGUAUCAUACUGUGCCGAGAGUUGGCUAAUCAGUACGAGGCUUACUACGACUACAGGAACCUCAGUAAAAUGAGACUGAUGGAGGCGUCUCUCUAUGAUAAGAUAAUGAACCAGCAGAGGCUCGAGCCGGAGUUCUUUCGGAUUGGCUUCUACGGCAAAAAGUUCCCCUUCUUCUUACGGAAUAAGGAGUUUGUGUGUCGGGGGAAUGAUUACGAGCGGCUGGAGGCGUUUCAGCAGAGGAUGCUGAGUGAGUUCCCUCAUGCCAUCGCCAUGCAGCACGCCAACCAGCCGGAUCAGACCAUACUGCAGGCCGAGGCGCAGUACCUGCAGAUCUACGCGGUCAGUCCUGUCCCUGACAACCAGGAUGUCCUGCAGAGGGACGGUGUGCCUAACAAUAUUAAAAGCUUCUACAAAGUUAAUCACAUCUGGAGGUUCCGCUACGACAGACCCUUCCACAAGGGCACCAAGGACAAAGAGAACGAGUUCAAGAGUCUGUGGGUGGAGAGGACUACACUGAGCUUGGCUCAGAGUCUCCCAGGAAUCUCUCGCUGGUUCGAGGUGGAGAAACGGGAGCUGGUGGAGAUGAGUCCUCUGGAGAACGCCAGUGAGGUGAUAGAAAAUAAGACUCUGCAGCUGCGCACCCUGAUCGCUCAGUGCCAGAUGCGGCAGAUGCAGAACAUCAACCCACUCACCAUGUGCCUGAAUGGAGUCAUCGACGCCGCAGUGAACGGAGGACUUGCUCGCUACCAGGAGGCUUUCUUUGCGAAAGAUUACAUUUCCAGUCACCCUGAGGAUGGAGAUAAGAUCACACGUCUCCGUGAGCUCAUGUUUGAGCAGGCACAUAUUCUGGAGUACGGCUUGGCUGUGCACGAGAAGUUUGUGCCACAGGAUAUGCGUCCACUGCACAAAAAGCUUGUUGACCAGUUUCAUGUGAUGCGAUCCAGUCUGGGCAUACAGCCGCAGGAGUUUCCUGCAUAUGUGCGUGUCAGUCCACUGCAUUUUGCCAAUGGCAGUCCUCGCACCUGCAGGACCCCCGUCCCAAACGCGAUCAGUCCUGAAGGAGGCCGAAUAGUGGCGAGACGCAGCCCCCUCAGUUACCCAGCUGUCAACCGCUAUUCCUCGUCCUCGCUGUCAUCACAAGCCUCCAACGACGUCAGCAACAUCACGGGCCAAUCAGAGAGCUCGGAUGAAGUCUUUAACAUGCAGCCGAGUCCAUCUACCUCAAGCCUCAGCUCCAACCACUCCGGUUCUCACAAUGUGACCAGCUCAGCGCCCUCAAGCAAUAGAGAUUCUCUUCCGUCGUCGUCUCCGCUGCCAUCAGACAAACAUAAGCACAGCAGAGAGAAUGCGUGCCUGUCCCCCAGAGACAGACUGUGCAGUGGCAUGUUUCCCAGCCCACUGGACCCUACGCAGAGGAUGAUGCCAUUCCAGAUCGACACUAGUCUGCCACGACCUGAGGCCAAUCUCCCCAGCACAGAGACAGGCAAGAACAUAAGGUCUCUGUCUCCCAUGCCAACUGUAAGAUCUCCUCAAAAGACCACGGCUCCUCCCCUGACCCCAUCCCCCACUGACUGCUUGCCUGUGGGCAGCCUGGCGUCCCACUCUCCGGCCCGCUCCGGCAGCUACAGCAGCGGGAUCUCCUCGCUGAGCCGCUGCAGCGUGUCUGAAACCUGCGGGAUCGAGCUGCCCCCGGCUGAGCCACCCCUGCCUCCUGCUGCUCCACUAGAUAACCCUAUCCGCCGAGGCAGCAAAACCCCACCCCCCUACAGCGUCUAUGAACGGAACAACCCGCGGCGGGCCACACCCCUCCCCCACAGCCUCUCAGUCCCACCCAGCGCAGACAACCCGAACCUGCCCACCAAACCGCAGCUCAGCCGCACGCAGAGGAUCCACUCAGAGCCCAGACACAGACUGACCCCCAGGAAAGUGUCCCAGCUGUAGGCUUUGAACGAAUUAAAGGGCAACAGACACCACAGAAGCAGCAGCGGAAUCCCACGUGAAACCUAUAAACUCUUACUAUGGGUUAUUUGACGGAAAGCAGGAUUACUUUUUAUAGAUGCAGUUUUAUUUUUUUCUAUUACCUAAAACGGAAUAUAACUGUUUCUAUUGUAGUGGCAGUCUUCUUGUGGGCAUGUGUUAAAAGAAAAGGCCUUUUAUGUUUGCAGAUGUACUGCUGUGUGUGUUUUUUUUUAACCAUUAUCACUGCUUUUGGUGGAUGGCCUUUUACGCCAUUGUUUUGGGUCUGGUUCAAUUCAAAUUCAGUACAUUUAUCUUGAUCAGUUAUUACAGCUGAAAUUGAAUUGACUCAGGGCUUUAAAUUUUGGCAUAUUUUCCAUUAAUAUACAUUCUUGGCUGAUGAUACCGACGUACAAGAAUAGCCAUGAAGAGAUUAGAAUUAUAAUCUUAAAAGGGCAUAUAGUUUACAGUUAAAUCUUUAGAUCUGGCAGGUCCACAUCCCAUGUAGAGCAACGUUCCGAGGCAUAUUGCUAGCAAGGUAUUUUUGAUAGAUGUACAAAUCCCAUAUGUGUACAUAUUCACCAAACACGACGGCACUGUUUUUAGGCCUUACAUGGACAAAGAUGUGCAGCUAGACCUGCAACUUUUGUUUUAACCGCUUUGUACUUUCUGGAAUGGCUGAAAGGUGCUACAUAUUUCUUAGUGUUUCUUUCUAAUGUAGCCUUGUAUCUGCCGAACCUGCCUGACCGUUAAUUGUGCCAUGUAAUGAAAUCGUGUGGUCUCCAAGUAUUGUGCCAAAGAUACAAGCAGUAUUAACAUUUCUGUGGGUGAGAGUAGUUAGGGAAGCUUAACUCACGUAAGCGUGAAUGCUCGUGCUUGACAAUGUGCUUUUUAUACAGUGUGCCGAGGCAUAGACUAAGAUAGCAUGAGGCAUGUACAGCAUCAAGCAAUAUAACCAGUGUAGUUUCCUCAAGAGUGUGAUGUUCGUAGCACAAAAAGGCCCUCCAGGUUUAAGGCGAGGUCUCCUCAGAUGGGCUUCUUUCCGAUUUCAGAGAUGUCAAAUGCUGUAUACUGUAUACUGCUCACUUCUAAGCAGAAUUAGGUAAACUGUCAUACAAAUUCUAUGACCAAUGUGGAGAAGUCAGCUUUUUUGGUAGAAACAAUAUAGAAAGCAUAUCCUCAUGCUAAGCUAAGGGUAGAGCUGUCUUGGUUUGUACAUUCAGGUUGGCAUGCACAAAACUGUUUCUGUAAAUUUAAACCAGUUUUGACUGCCAAAAACACCUCAGAUUGGGGCCAUGCAUGGCAAAUACAAAAU